CUUUUUCAUAGUCCCAUCGUCCUCUUCACCUCUUCUUCUUCUUCUUCAUUUCUUCUGUCGUAAACGAAUAAUUUCAGUCUACAUCCAACAACUAGCUCCCUCAGUAAGAAGAAGGUAUGAUGGACACUAUGGAGUCUUGCGUCCCACCAGGUUUCCGGUUUCAUCCAACAGACGAGGAGCUAGUUGGGUAUUAUCUGAGGAAGAAGAUUGCUUCACAGAAGAUUGAUCUGGAUGUGAUCAGAGACAUUGAUCUGUACAGAAUUGAACCCUGGGAUCUUCAAGAGAGAUGCCGGAUCGGAUACGAGGAGCAGAACGAGUGGUAUUUCUUCAGCCACAAGGAUAAGAAGUAUCCAACUGGGACAAGGACCAACAGAGCUACGAUGGCUGGGUUCUGGAAGGCUACUGGGAGAGACAAGGCAGUAUAUGAUAAAUCUAAACUCAUUGGCAUGAGGAAAACCCUCGUCUUCUACAAAGGGCGGGCUCCGAAUGGGCAGAAAAGUGAUUGGAUCAUGCAUGAGUACAGGCUCGAAUCAGAAGAGAAUGGCCCUCCACAGGAAGAAGGAUGGGUGGUAUGUCGAGCAUUUAAGAAGCGAUCCACUGGCCAAACAAGGAGCAUUGAAGGGUGGGACUCGACCUAUUUAUAUGACGAACCAAGUGGUAUAAGCUCGGUUGUGGAUCCAACUGAUUAUAUUGCAAGGCAGCCCUCAAGCUUUCUAGCUCAGAACUUCAUGUGCAAGCAAGAAACAGAAGCCGAUAAUUCAAGCUUCGUGAAUUCAGAUCAAUUUGUACAGCUUCCACAGCUAGAAAGCCCAUCCCUUCCAUUGAUGAAUAGGCCGAGCUCAAUUUCUCUGAUAUCACACAACAAUGAGGAAGAAGAUCACAUUAGAAGGGCCAACAACACCAAGAAAGUGACUGAUUGGAGGGCCCUCGACAAGUUUGUUGCUUCUCAGUUGAGUCAAGAGGACAGAUAUGAGGGCGAUGGAGUAUCAAGCUUUGAAGCACAUAAUGAAUCAGAUAUGGAGUUGCUGUUGUUGCAAAGUGGUAGGGAAGAAGGGACCAAGUUAAAUGGGUUCUUGAAUUCGAGCCCGGACAAUGAUAUUGGAAUUUACAUAUUUAAUAAAUGAUGAGAGUAGAGACUAAGAGUGUUUUAGUAAUAAAUGUUUUACUGAUUAUGGAUCAAUGGAUCUUUGAACAUGUUUUGUACACAUAACUACAUAAG